AUGCCCAAAGCAGCUCUUUCAACUAUCAUCGGAACAAACGUUUCAUCCACGGACGCAAGAAAUACACGUACGAUUUGUUUUUAUGAGGGUGAAAUCCAAUCAUCAUUGCACUGUGUCAAUAAAACCGAAAAAAGAGUGAAGGAUAUGGCAACUGGUCAAAAUCGACGCAUAAUUUUGGAGAUCGAACGUCUAAGAGGAUCAGUAAAAUGGACUGAACCAUCAGUAGGAGAAUUUCACUUUGAUUAUACAUCGUUGGAUGACAAACCGACCGAAAAGCCGGUCAUUACACGAGGAAGAAUAUUGACAAGUGCAGAAAUUUUUAAAGAAGCUGCUUUUGAAAUCGAGAUAAAGUUACUGGAUAACUACCCAUUCAAACCACCGGAAAUUCGUUUUCUGAAAAAAAUCUAUCAUCCAAAUGUUGGCACGGAUGGCAGAAUAUGCGAUCAAUUACUAUAUAACAAUGGAGAACAUAAACCAACAACAUCAUUGUUAGAUACUAUCAAACGUAUUGCGUAUGCAAUUGACAAUCCUGAACUUGACCAUGCCGUGAAUCCUGAGAUUGCUGCCGAAUAUCAACUGAACAGAGCUGAAUUCAAUCGUAAAGCAUUGGAAUGGGUGAAAUUAUAUGGUUUGUCGCGAAAUUAA